CAACAACUGAACCCCGCCAUAACGCUCUAAGCGGAUCAAAACACUUCGAUUGCCAAUCUGUUACUUAUCCUGAACCCCCUCGAACAUUGAAUAAUUGCAUACUACUCUCUAUCUACGACAGUAUAAAUCUUAAUCUACCAUGUUGAUUCAGGAAUCUUUCCUUGAUGUGCCGACCAAGGCGGACGGCAAUGGAACUAUGCGUAUUUAUGUCUUCCACCCUACUAUUCCCGGGUACCCUAAGGCGCGGUUCCCGGGUGUAGUUGUGUUUAGUGAAAUCUAUCAAGUAACUGGCCCUGUCGCACGAUUUGCUCGACAAAUCGCCGGACAAGGAUAUAUCUGCGCGGCGCCCUCGAGCUAUCAUGAAUUCACGGGUCCCGAGCCGUUGAAGUAUGAUGCCGAGGAUACGGACAAGGGCAAUCAAUGGAAAAUUAGUAAGAAAAUUGCGGCUUACGAUGAGGACGCCUCAUUGUGCGUCGACUAUCUACUGUCACUGCCCACGUGCAAUGGUCGUGUAGGUGCGACGGGUAUGUGCCUGGGUGGACAUCUGGCGUAUCGCUGCGCGUUGGACAGCCGCGUGAAAGCGGCGGUGUGCUACUUCGCCACGGACAUCCAUAGUAAGACGUUGGGGCUGGGGAAGAAUGAUGAUAGUUUGGCCCGGGCAGGGGAUAUCAAGGGCGAGAUGCUCAUGAUUUUUGGAAAGAAUGAUACCCAUGUUCCGCCCGAGGGAAGGGAUUUGAUCCGCAAGACCCUUCAUGACAAGGGAGUCUUGUUUAGCUUUUACGAGGUGGCUUGGGCUCAACACGCCUUCAUUCGCGAUGAGCUCAGCAAGGGACGGUAUGACCCUGCUAUUACCAAGGUGUGCUUUGAGAUGUUGCUGGAGUUGUUCGGACGGACGCUGAAGCUGGAUCUGGGAGAGCAUGAUGGGAAGGAGUUGAAGAUCGAAGAUGUGUGCUAGAGGAUGAUGCGACCCGCGGACUCUGUGCAGUAGGUGGAUUGGAUGGUAGCAAUAGGCAACGACGAUAUAUCGGGAAACUAAAUCGGUGUGACGACUCCAUCAUCUGCCCACCAUGUUUGGCCAUAGACGGCAUUCUCCGACUUGCAGAUUGUUCUAUCGACUAGUUUACAAGGGCAAUACUACUCUCCGACCCUCCCUUUGGACAAUUCCUUUGUAGUAUGAUCAAUUGGAUA